UAAUCUUCUUUCCGAACGGGCCUGUUGACGGAAGCCGUGGGCGCUCAGGAGCUGCGGUCCCUGCACUCGCUUCACAGCAGGAGACUUUCUGACAACUGCUCCACCUUACAAACAGAACUUCGCAAUACACAAGGCAUUUGAAUUUUCCCUUGCAAUGGAUGCCUCUGCCAUUACAGUCUAUACUGACUCCCUUUCUGCAAUACAAGUCCUUAUACAAUUGUGCAAUUGGGAAAUCUCAGAGAGAGCAUGCAUGUAACAUGUAACUGCAAUUAUUCUGCUAUAGACACUAACUUUACUUUUUGAUAUACAACCCCACUUAUGGGUAACGUAUCUAUAGCCAAACCCAUCCCUCUCGAUGAUUGGGAAAUCUUUAAAAAAAGCAAAAAAGAAAAAAAUCCUAAAGUUUAAACCAAAAAGUUAAUUUCUAUCAAAUUAGAUAACACAUUGUCAUUGGUCAGGAAGAAGGAAACAUGGAUUUUGUUGCCUAAUUCGUUUUUUAGAAAGAAGAUGUCAAUCCGCAGACUUGCCAGACUGACAAGACCAAGAACUGGCAAUUCGUCAUUUGAAAACUAUCAAGGAUGUGCUUUCUUUGUUGCCACUGCAGAUUAUGUCCACACUCCAGUUAAGUUUUGAAGAAUGUGAAACUCUUUUGGAUCGGCUGUAUGCAUUAUGUUUCCCAAAGUACCAGUCGGCCUUUACCCUGAGCCAAGAAGAAGAAAAGUUCUCACUAUCUUUAGGAAGUAACCAACUUGCAAUGUUGCAUGGUGGUCUUCAUGCUUGCACUGUGAUUGAAUUUGCAUGUCCAGCAGGAGUGGGUAAAACUCAAUGGUGCCUUCACACAGCUGUUCGGGCAGUGCUGUCAGGUGAAAGCAUUGGUUGGAAUACCUCAGUUAUAUGUAUCGACACAGAGACAGCAUUUAGGGCUGAGAGAAUUGUUGAGAUAAUAUGCAAGAGAUAGCCUAAAUCCGAGCCAAGACUCUCAGAAUGUUUAUCCAAGAUCUGCCUCUACCAGCCAUCUACAAUCAGCAACUUGUCACAAAU